UGAUGAGGGGCGUAGCGGAAGCUGUUCUGCGGCUCUCCUGCUGAGGGGGCGGAUUGGCCCUCGCUGUUUCCCUUGUCUAUGCGAAAGACCGAGCCGGAGGUCGGGCAGAAAGGGCGGCGCGGACGAGAGGCAAAGCUAAACCGGGCGUUCCCGGAGGAGGCUUCAGGGAGAGAGCGCCUUUUCCUCUUCGUUGCCAUCCAAGAGCGACCCCAGCAUGGAAGCUGUCGCCAAAUACGAUUUCAAAGCCACCGCAGACGAUGAGCUCAGUUUCAAACGGGGAGAUAUUCUGAAGGUUUUGAAUGAAGAAUGCGAUCAAAAUUGGUACAAGGCAGAACUCAAUGGCAAAGAUGGCUUCAUUCCCAAAAAUUAUAUUGAAAUGAAACCACAUCCGUGGUUUUUUGGGAAGAUUCCUCGAGCAAGGGCUGAGGAGAUGUUGGGUAAACAAAGACAUGAUGGUGCCUUCCUCAUCAGAGAGAGUGAAAGUGCUCCUGGUGAUUUUUCCCUCUCAGUCAAAUUCGGAAAUGAUGUGCAGCACUUCAAGGUGCUUCGAGACGGUGCCGGCAAGUAUUUCCUCUGGGUGGUAAAGUUCAAUUCUCUGAAUGAGCUGGUAGACUAUCACAGAUCAACCUCUGUCUCCAGGAAUCAACAGAUAUUCCUCCGAGACAUUGAGCAAGUGCCUCAGCAACCCUCAUACGUACAGGCUCUUUUUGAUUUCGACCCUCAGGAAGAGGGAGAGCUGGGCUUUCGCCGGGGAGACUUUAUCCAGGUCCUUGACAAUUCUGACCCCAACUGGUGGAAAGGAGCCUGCCACGGACAAACAGGCAUGUUUCCACGCAACUACGUUACUCCCGUGAACCGGAACAUCUAGAGCAGAUGGCUAAAGAUUAUUUAAGG